AUGGCAAGAGCCACCAUCAAAGAUUCAAAGACCAAUCGCCCAGUUGGAAUGAAUAUCAAUGAUGUGAAUAUUCAAGAAGCUGCUAUCAAUAGGGCUUGCGAGUUCAUGGGAUCUGACUUAUAUGCCUAUGGAAUUGGAUCCAAAAGAAAAUACAAGCAUGCUAAUACCCUCCUGCGAGAAGUGAGGAAAACUUGUGGUUUCCAGGUGUCGUACAGGCAGCUACAACGGUGGAUUUCCUACUACAAGAAAUUUGGAGAAGCUCCUGUCAGAGCCAGGAGAGAACACAGAACUACCAUCAAGGGGUUGCGCACAUUGAAUCCUAAAGAUUUCACCACAACAGACCAGGAUAUCCUCAAGGAUAUUGUGGAUCAAGAGCCACAGCUUUAUUUAGACGAAAUCCAAGAACGGUUGGCUGCCAGGACUGGCAAAGCCUGGACAACUAGCACCAUUUGGCGACAUCUACACAGCAAACGCAUUGGGUAUUCCCUCAAAACUGCAGUGCACAAAGCCAGGCAACAAUCGCUGACAGAAGUGGCUCGAUUUCAUGUUCGAAUGAACGAUUAUGUACAGCAUCCCAGCCAGCUCAUUUAUGUUGACGAAACAGCUAGAAGUACCAAGGCAUCAAGGCGACGAAGAGGCUGGUCCCCUAGAGGUGUCACUCCCGUCAUUACAUCCCGAAUGGAACGAGAAUUUGACAGAAAGUACACUUUGAUUGCAGCCUGCAAUUGGAACGGCUUUGAGAUCAGUGCAUGCCAUAUUGUGGAAAGAGAAACCAGCAACAGAGACAACAAUCCAGAUAGAGGAACGGUUGACACGGAACGAUUUGAACAUUGGGUCGAGCAUUUUUUGGUGCCAGCGCUUGGGAGUUUUGUUGACGGUGAACCCAACUCUAUAGUUGUUAUGGACAAUGCUUCCAUUCAUUUGUCCGAUCGGAUCACAGAGCUGAUUGCUAAUACUGGUGCCAUUAUGGUGCUCACUGCACCAUACAGCCCUGAAUUCAAUCCAAUCGAGAACAUGUUCAAAAUCUACAAGGACUCUCUCAAACGUCUAUCCUACGAUUCAUCAAAUCAUUGGACGGCUAAUCAUUAUUGGUCCUUGAAUGCUGUCACUCCUGAUAUGGCCAAGACGUUCUUCCGCAAGUGUGAGGUUCCUGGAAUGGCAGAUUGGUACCGUGAACAACAGCUAGAAAAGGAAGAAAACGAGCUCUUGUUUCUAGCUGUCCUCCCUCCUCGACUGAUUCUCUGCCAUGAACUUUUAUUUGGUAGCGACUCCGAGGAUGGAUUGUUAUAA